UAAACGCUAUCAUCAUCUCAGUUCUGAAUUCAGAGAGAAUUGAAGAAGCCGCAAAAUGCAGAUCUUCGUGAAAACCCUAACCGGGAAAACCAUCACCCUUGAGGUCGAGAGCAGCGACACCAUCGACAAUGUCAAGGCAAAGAUCCAAGACAAGGAAGGUAUUCCCCCGGAUCAGCAGCGUUUGAUCUUCGCCGGAAAGCAGCUUGAAGAUGGACGCACUUUGGCCGAUUACAAUAUCCAGAAGGAAUCUACUCUUCAUCUUGUUCUCAGGCUCCGUGGUGGAAUCAUUGAACCUUCUUUGAUGGCUUUGGCGAGGAAGUAUAACCAAGACAAAACCAUUUGCCGCAAGUGCUAUGCUCGUCUUCAUCCUAGGGCUGUUAACUGCCGCAAGAAGAAGUGUGGACACAGUAAUCAAUUGAGGCCAAAGAAGAAGAUCAAGUAGAUUCUGGUUGAUAUUGUUUCUGUACUGCUGUUUGUUCUAAAAUACUUUUCAUUGUUAUGGUUGUUACAUCUCUCAUGACUAAACAUUUUGUUUUACUUAAUGUUGAAUGUAGUUGGAGUUUAUUUUGGCAUAAUCAUUUUGUCAUAACAUUAUAAGUACUCAUGCUGUUUUCCUUUA